AUGUCGCUCACUUCGACGGAGAUUUGGAACGAAACCUUGCCGAUGAUUAAUUCGACGCGGAUCGCUCCCCUUUUAAUAUCUCACCCUGUACUGAUGUCAAAGAGACACGUGACUUUCGCCGCUCAGGUGGUGCUUACACUUGUGUACAUAACCGGUGUGAUUGGCAACAUAUCUGCUCUAGUCAUUCUUUUUCAUCGUGAUAAGAGAAGAAAUCGAAAACACUUGUUGAUGUUACGUUGCCUGGCGAUCAACGAUCUCGUCGCAUUGUUAGGGAUGCUGGUGCAAAUGUACAUCACGAUCUAUGUGGGCAGCGUGAUAUCUACUCGAGGAUUCUGCUCUCUUCGCGUGGUGUGGAGGCUUUUCGGUUUAUUCAGUGGUUGUGUCGCCAUCGUAAUGGCAGCUGAAAGGUGGCUAGCCUUGACUAGGCCCUUCGUUUAUCAGAAGCAGGUGACGUACCCAAUGAUUGUACGUUGCAUGCUGGUGCUCUGGUUGGUCGCCCUGGCAUUGACAAGUAUGCCAAUGAUGGGUUUUGGCGUGUACUACAAAGGUGAACGAUGCGUACGGUACAGGGAAGCCACCGAGCCAGCUGAUAUCGCCUACGCGUAUGUUUGGUUCGUUUUCGGUACGGGUCUCUGCCUGUCGAUAGUUUGGUGCAAUCUGGCCGUUUCCAGGGCGCUUAGCAGGCUAAGUCGCAAGGCUGGCGUCCUCAGGCGAGUAACGAGAUCCUCUUCGAGGGCGAAACCACUUUUGACAGUGACGGGGCCAGCGCCGGAAAUCGUCACCACCGCCGAGGAAAGGGCAUUCGCAAGAUUGAUGGCCGUGCUAUCGAUAUCGUUCGUCGUAUGCUGGAUGCCGCAAAUGAUUUCCAUUCCAUUGGCACAAUUCGCGAUGCAGUUGCCAGAGAAGGCGAUACUCGCGCGAAAAUUGAUUCGUAUAUUUCACCUGGCCGCCGACGUGCUCCUUUGCAUUCACUUCACCCUGGAUCCAUACAUUUACGUGUUGCUAAGGAUGCCACGGCCGAGAUUCCGCCUUCUGAAACCCCUGUGCAAGAUCUGUUGGCCAGCAAGAAGCCGGUCGAGCUCGUUCAAUGGUACUACCACAGACCACCAGGGCAGCAGUGGUGAUCCGUCGACCCCGAUCACCGAGGCACCCUCAACACCCGUCAGCGAGGAACACGAUCCUCCUUUAGUGGCGGUGUCGGUCUGAGACAAGCUUCAGCGAAUGAUCUUCCUGAAACGGCUCAAGAGUCACGAUGGUAGCCAGGUUUGAGCUGCACACUCUUCGAGAACGUUGGAAGAUCUUCGCUCGGUGUACGCAUACGAUUAAACGAAAUUCGAUCGAGACGAAAAUUAUGUACUCAAGGCACAGCAAAAUGUUAUCGAAAUUAUCGCGAAAUUUUAAGAAUUCUUGUUUUGGCUAAUGAUCAGAAGAGUAUUUGAUCCUUCACUUUAUUCUUCUUUUUAUUGUUAUUAUUAUUAUUGUUAUUAUUAAUACUCUUUCGUAUCCUUGGAUCCAUUUUAUUCAUCUGACAAGAUUUAGAAUUCUUUUUUUUUUUAACGGGACAAGAUACAUUCAAAUUUGAAAUUUUUUCCCUCGAAUGAAUCCAAGGAUACUUUAUUCAAUUAUUGUUCAAGUAUCUCAGUGGAAUGGUUUCCUCCGAGGAAUUUUCAAGAUUGUACAGUGAGUCCUUGAGGAACAAAUCAGGUGCGUUGAGAUUGAUACCUCGCUGAUUUUUCGUGUACAAUUCACGUGUUCGAAUGUUCUUGUUUCUUUUCUUCAAUUUCCAUGUCACUGUAUAUGAUCCAUUGUACAGAUCAUUUUAUUCGUUGUAAUUUCAUAUAUCUUAAUAUUCUUCUUAUUAAUUGACUCUUAAAAAAAAGAAAAAGAAAAAUAUAUCACGUAUCAUACUUUAUAUUGAAAAUAGAUUGCACAAAAUUGCACAAAAUUUGUAAAAGAUGUAUAUCAGAUGUAUCGAAAUUGAGAUUCUUAUUUUGUUUUUUAUUACUGAAUUGUAUUAAAAAAGUAAGAGCAAACAGCAUUCCAAAAAAUUAUCGUCGCAAUGAUGCGUGUGUCGUAUUUACCAUUUAUAAAUUUUGUAGAAAUUCAUCAAGAUUCUAUACAAAAUAUCCGAUUCUAGUAAAAUACAGAAGACUCUACUCGUUUGCAGUUUGCAAGUGAGAGUGAGUGUCGUUUUUUUUUCAACCGGGUAUUUUGAAAAAAGAAAUUGUAAAAAUUGACUUAAAAUGUUCUUCUUAUAUAAGAGUAUACUCAUAAUUAAAAAUAAUACCAUUUAAGUUUAUUAAGAAGUAUAUUUUAAGUAAACCUAAAUCAACGAAAAACCACCAAUGAUAUCGACACACAUUUCUAUCACAAUUGAAUAAAUAAUGUCUAGUCAAUAAAAUAAUGCAAGCGUGCAGUAAUUUACGAUAAAAGAGCAAAGAAUGGAUAUUUACCAAAGUAUUAAAUAUUAAAGGCACAUUUUUACCGUACAAUGUAAUUCCGUAAAUAGAAUUUAAGAAAGAAGAGCAUUAUAUAUAUCUUUUUCUUUUCUAUAAAGAUAUACACUGAUAAAAGUACUUAUGUAUACAAAUAGAUUAAUCAAUAAUCUUGUGAUUAACAUGAUGUUACCAUGAAUUGUUACUGACUUUAUCACUGUAGCCAGUGUAACUCAUAAAUAUCUUAUCAUCUUCUAUUGUAUCGAUGUAAUAUUAUUAAUAAAUUUUAAUCAUUUUUUUUAAA